AUGCCGCGCUUCUUCUGCGAGUACUGCGAUGUCUACCUUACACACGACUCGAUGUCUGUGCGCAAAGCCCACAACAGUGGCCGCAACCACAUCCGUAACGUCGUCGAGUACUACCAACAGAUCGGACACGAGAAGACACAGUCGGUCAUAGACUCAAUAGCAAGCUCAUACACUGCCGAAGGCCUCCCACAGCCCGCGCCUAUGCAUCAACCUGGUGGGCCUGGAGGCUUUGGUCCGCCGCAUGGCUUUCCUGGAAUGCCAGGCAUGCCUCCUCCACCCUUCGGAAUGAUGCCAGGUCAAGGUCCACCUCCUGGCGGCGCAGGCAGAGGCAUGGCAUUCCCUCCCUUUUCACCAAACGGUCAACCUCCUCCGAAUCUACCACAAGGUGUACAGUUUCCUCCACCAGGUGGCAUGCCGAAUGGGUUCCCUCCUUUCCCGCCUCCGGGUGCGCCUGGUUUUGGUCAGGGAGGUCCGCCUGGUGGUGGGUUCCCUGGUGGUCCGCAAGGUGGUCCGCCAGGAGGAGGCCCACCUGGCUACAAUAUGGCACCGCCACCACCUGGAGUGAAUGAUCGUCGUUAG